AUGGCAAACCCCUAUACGCUCUACUACAACGACUACUCGAUUUGCUCCAUAAUGGUCCGCUACACAAUAUCACUAUGCGAACGUCUGAGGAAGGAUUGCCCCAUACAGAUUGAGCAGCGAGUUAUCGACAUCCAGCAUGGCGGCCAAUUGACCGAGUUCUACCUAUGCGAAGUGAAUCCUAAAGGAACGGUCCCUGUCCUCACCAUCCCUGGUGCCGAGGCGCCGCUCGCCGAAAGCCUGGACAUAACAUAUCUUCUAGCCCAACACUAUCCAUUCUUGAUUCCAAGAGAGCUAUCCGACGAGAUAAAGAGUCUCCUCGCUGAACUACACAACAUCAAUUACUUCUCGCUCAGCUAUACCCACAAACCUCAACGCGCCGAGGACAUGGUGAGUAACAUCCAAAAGCGUCUCGAUGACCCUGAUGUCUCGGACCGGUGGCGCAGGGCUCUGGAAUAUAAACUGGAAAUUGUCCUAGCCACACGCGCGCCCGCCUUGACAAGAGAAGCCGUCGCUAGCGAGGAGCAAAAGGCGUCUGCGUUCCUGGCCAAAGUAGAUGAGCUUCUCAAGAAGACAGAAGAAAGGGGCAAUGGUUCACCAUGGAUUUUCGGCACACAGGAGCCUACUGCUCUCGAUGCGCACGUCGUGCCAUUCCUCGCACGGUUGCUUGACGUGGGGCGGAAGAACAUGUUAUCUACAAGGCUGGAAAAGUAUGCCGAGCACGCGUUUGCAGGAGAUGCGUGGACGGAAGUUAUGGACGGCAGGCGGACCAUGUAUGGGACAUAUAUCUAA